AUGCCACACUACCAUCUCGAUAUUGCCGAGUUUCCUGUUCCUCUGCUACUCAAGAUCGUAGCCAAUUUGAUAAACUCGAUUAUCAGCACAAACGAUCGCAUUCUCACAUCAGAAAAUAUCACACACUUCCAUUCUCGGGCUGUACCAAACAUUGCUGUCCAAGCAUAUAUGUCUAGAAUACUCAAAUUUGCUCCAUUUCCAAACGAAGUUCUGCUUUCUAUACUUGUUUAUUUUGAUCGAAUCGCAAAAUUAAAGAAAAACAGGAUUGCCAUCAGUUCACUCAAUAUCCACAGGCUACUUAUUUCGAGUAUCGUCGUUGCAUCUAAACUUACGUCAGAUGUUUUCUAUUCCAAUACUCGGUACGCAAAGGUCGGAGGGUUGUCUCUAUUAGAGCUCAAUCAACUAGAGCUGGAGUUUUUGUUUCUGUGUAAUUUCGAUCUUCAUGUUCGACUUCAGGACAUGCAAGUUUAUGGAGACCAGCUUUUAACGCACGCAAUGUCACAGCAACAGACCUUGGUAGAACUUACGAAUCUUAAUAUCUUUCCUCCACCGUUACGUAUUCUCACGGUGUGUGACACGGGAGCAGAAGAAGAGGCAGAAGAAGAAGACGAUGAAGAAAGAGAAGAAGACCAGGUCCUAAAAUCUCCCAGUGAAAUCUCCCCAGACAAUGAUGCAGACCAGGUCCUACCCAUCACACCUCCAUAUCCUGUGGCUGUUGACUCUUCAAAAUCAACAGAAAAAGACUCACUGUCUAGAAGGUCGGCAAGCCCAAACUCGCCAACGUCAAGGCAGCGGUCAAUAAAACCAGAAAAGACUUCACAUUUGCGCUACUCGCCAUACUCGCUGUCAGUCUCAUCAAAAGCCAAGAGAUUGGCAUCGUCACCAUACAAAGGGUGA